AUUGAAAUUUGGACGUUUGCGGCGCAUCGCUUGCAGUGAACGUUAGAGGGCAUUUUUAAUUUUUUACUAUCAUAGUUUGACUGGUCCUAAAUUCAUAAGGAGGAUGCUAUAGUACUUAAGGGAUGUUAGUUAAGAGUGGUUCAAAUCAUGUUCAGUGACGUGAACAACCCUAACAUCCUGAUGGAAUUCAAGGAGAAUAUGAUAUUUAGCCCUGAAUUCUUUUAAACCUCUGGAGAAAUACUGUCUAUGAAUGAUUCUAGAGAAAUAAUGUUACUUGUGUGUAUUAUAUGAUGCUUAAGUUGCAUGGCAAACUAACUUGUUGUAACACGGUAAUAACGGAAUAGUAACAUUCAGAGAUAUAUUUUUUUGUUAACGUGUUAACGAUUACUGCAGUAGUCAGUUAGAUAACCAGUAGAAUCAGGGUGUCACUGAUAGCUGUCUCGGUUUUACUGGGUACUGUUCUUCGCAGUGUACACAUAAAUUCACCAAUAGCCUAUCAAGUCUAACGUGCUUGAAUUCACUCAAAGUAACCUUGGAGAUUAUCUGGUAACUGUCACAUAUAGGUAGUACAUCGGUUGGUAAAACUGACCAAAAGUGUUACGUGUAACACAUACUACAUACAUACAUACUAUCUGUCAUGUAUCAAAACAAAAUUCCAAGUGAUUUAUCCCUGAGGUGGAUUUCUGCUGAAAGUUAUGGCCUAUUGUUAUCAAUAAAGUUAUUCAAUUUAAAGGCGUAGAUGUAUGAAAUAUGUGUCAUGAAUGGCAUUUAGUAUCGUUUCCUGCUGCCGUCAGGUGUCUACUACAUUGAUGAAUAAUUCCUAUCCAGUCAUUAAUUGUCUAUUAGAUUCAUACUAAUUUCUUAUACAACCUUUUUCACGUAGCUAGAUUGAUGAAGGUACAAGUAGCAUCACUAUUUUAUUCAGAGUAAUACUUUAUUCCUCACUUUGCAAUUGUAGCUUUUAUUCUUGAGACUUAUUUUGAGUUAUUGACAUCACACAAACGUCAAUAAUGUGGUUUUACUACUCUUCGCUGACAUGGAAUCAACACUGAAUCUAGUCACAAUUUAAAACACAUCAUUUCUGUGUCCCUAUAAAAGAUGAAAUUUUUCCUCUUAUGUAAUCAAACUAGAACUUGCAAGUAUUUUCCCACCCGCAGUAAAAGUGCGAUUAUUUGUUCGGAAUUUAACAGUAUAUUACUAUCCAGUCUGUGUAUUUUCUUUGUGUAAUAGCAAUUUACGGUGAUUUUUGGCUGACUGAGAUAUCUCUUAGCAUUCAAUGAAUGGUUUACUAACAUCAUAUAUGCUUUCAUAUUUUUAGACCUGUACAUUCAAUCAAGUAUUCAACAGGUUUUUUGAGUACUAUGGCUAACGUCUGUAUAACUCCGUCAUGCGGCAAACCAUCCACUUUAAAAUGCCCAGUUUGCCUUAAGUUGGGGAUAACGACAUCUUUCUUUUGUUCACAAGAAUGUUUCAAACAAUUUUGGAAAACGCAUAAAGCAGCACAUGUUACUACUGAACAAACCUAUGAAGACGAGCAGUUUAUCAACUAUAGAUUUACAGGUCCAUUACGACCUUUUAGAAAGACACCCAAAAGGGAAGUGAAAAGUUCCAUUCAAAGACCAGACUAUGCUGAUACAGGGAUACCGCUUUCAGAACGCAAGGCGAAGAGUUCCUACAGCAUUACAGUCUUAGAUGACGAUGAAAUUGAAUGUAUGCGUGUCUCAGGAAAGCUUGCACGUGAAGUACUUGAAGAGGCGGUGAAUGCGGUUGAAGUCGGUGUAACAACAGAUGAAAUUGAUAGAAUUGUGCAUGAGGCAUGUAUGGAUCGUGAUUGUUACCCCUCUCCUUUGAAUUAUUUCAAUUUUCCAAAAUCAUGUUGCACAUCUGUGAACGAAGUGAUAUGCCAUGGGAUACCAGACAUGAGACCUUUAGAAAAUGGUGAUAUUUUAAACAUUGAUAUAACCACAUACUUUGACGGAUUUCAUGGGGAUGUGAAUGAGACAGUAUUUGUUGGUCAACCGGAUGAUCGUUCAGUACGGCUAGUUAAAAAUGCCUAUAAAUGUUUAGUCAAGUCUAUGGAUGCUGUACUCCCAGGUGUUAAAUAUCGUGAAAUGGGUGAUGUAAUUGCAAAGAAUGCUUCACUUGGUGGAUUCUCUGUAGUGCGAACUUAUUCAGGACACGGGAUUCAUCGGCUGUUUCAUUGUCCUCCAAAUGUUUUACACUAUUCACGCAAUAAAGCUGUUGGUAUCAUGAAACCUGGACAUUGUUUUACUAUUGAACCAAUGAUAAAUGAAGGCACUUGGCAUGAUGAAUUAUGGCCAGACAAUUGGACUGCUGUAACCACAGAUGGUUUGAGAUCAGCACAAUUUGAGCAUACAAUGAUAAUUUCAAAGCCUGAAUUGGCUAUAGCCAAUGGAAUGCCUAUAGAAGUGGUUACUAAGCGUAAUAUCACCGGUGCGGAUCCAUUAGCCAGUUGUAAAUUCAAUGAAGAAGAUGCCUUACACUUUCAACGUUAUGGUAGACCAUAUUUUGUUGAUCAGUUGUAUAAAUUAGGCUUGAAUAUUGAUUGUACAGUGUAUAAAGAAGUCACAGGCAGCUAGGUCCCUCAUAUGCUGUGUGUGUGUGUGUGUAUGUGUGUGUGUAUGUGUGAUGGUUAUCUGUGGCCUUUCCAAUCUCUAAUAUGUAUCGAUCAGUGUGUAUUAUCAAAGAUACAUUUUUAUGGAAGUCAAUGCCCCUGCCAUUUCAUCUUAUUCGGAGUGUGCAUGUUUCUACAUUUUCUGAUUUUGUUUUUGUACUCCUGUUAUUUUGGAAAAUUAGAUAAAAGAUGGAUAAGUAAAAACAGAUAGAGAAAAAGAUUGUUGGUUUUG